CCCGGUCACCACACCGCGGAAGUGAGGUAAGGCCGGCACCGGAAGUUAUGAUGCGAAGUUUCUGCCGUUUCUAUGAGAGAUGGCGGUGGAUGUCCGCUCCAGGGCCAAGCGUUACGAGAAGCUCGACUUCCUGGGCGAGGGGCAGUUUGCCACUGUUUAUAAGGCAAAAGACAAGAACACAGACAACAUUGUUGCAAUAAAGAAGAUUAAAGUUGGGCACAGAUCAGAAGCUAAAGAUGGUAUUAAUAGAACAGCCCUUCGAGAAAUCAAGUUGCUACAGGAACUCAGUCACCCAAAUAUUAUAGGACUUCUUGAUGCAUUUGGUCAUAAAUCCAACAUCAGUCUUGUUUUUGACUUUAUGGAGACCGAUUUAGAGGUAAUAAUAAAAGAUACCAGCCUCGUGCUGACUCCUGCUAACAUAAAAGCAUAUGUGUUAAUGACACUCCAGGGUCUAGAAUAUCUUCAUUUACACUGGAUUCUACAUAGGGAUAUGAAGCCCAACAACUUAUUAGUGGAUGAGAAUGGAAUUCUUAAACUUGCUGAUUUUGGUUUAGCCAAGUCAUUUGGAAGUCCCAAUAGAGUGUAUACUCAUCAGGUAGUAACAAGGUGGUACAGAUCACCAGAGUUGUUAUUUGGAGCCAGAAUGUAUGGAGUUGGAGUAGACAUGUGGGCAGUUGGUUGUAUAUUAGCUGAGCUACUACUUAGGACACCAUUUUUACCUGGGGACUCUGACCUAGAUCAGCUGACAAAAAUAUUUGAAGCUUUGGGCACUCCAACAGAAGAACAGUGGCCUGGAAUGACCAGCCUUCCGGACUAUAUCUCAUUUAAGAGUUUUCCUGGAACUCCACUCGAGCAUAUAUUUAGUGCUGCUGGGGAUGACCUACUGGAAUUGCUACAAGACCUGUUUACAUUUAAUCCCUGUGCAAGAAUAACAGCUACCCAGGCACUAAAGAAGAAGUAUUUUAGUAACCGCCCUGGACCAACAGCAGGGCCUCAACUUCCCCGACCCAACUGCUCAACGGAAGUCUUAAAAGAGCAAGAGGCUAAGGCAGGUUUCAAACGUAAACGAACUGAAAACAUGGAGCAAGGUGGCCUGGCUAAGAGAUUAAUUUUCUGACCCUUGUCGACUGCUGCUAAUACUGGACAGAAACGGAAGCAUCAUAUAUAAUAAAAAUAUUCCAGUUACUUAUUGUAACACAAAGACUUAGCUGCUGUGUACAAAGUGGAGCUGCGUUCAAGAGUCCUGAUGGUGUACUUGAGUAAUAAUGUCUCAUUAAUUUUUCAAUAAAAGUUUAAAAAAGGA